CGCCAGAAAACCGGAAGAGGAGGGGAAAGGAGAGGUCCAGCUGCAUCGGGUAGGAGUUUCUCUCGGUUUCAUCUAAAGCUGAUCAGCAGGAGGAGAAGAGUCUGACGGAGCAGCGGAGGAACCUUUUGGACUUGGCUCAGCCACUACAGAGGAAACGAUGAGCUCGGCACAGGCGGACCAACAGGCACCGAGAAGUCCGCGCCCUCAGGAGGGUGAUGAAGCUCACAGAAAAGAGGACGACAAAAUAUACAGAUGCGAUGAGUGUGGGAAGCCUUUUACUGCGAAGAUUUUCCUAAAAAGACAUCAAAUCAUCCACACCGGGGAGAGUCCGUUCAGGUGUGAGUUUUGUGGGAAGUAUUUUUCCAAGGCUGGAAAUUUGACAAGACACCGACUUAUCCACAGCGGAGUGAAAGCGUUCAGAUGCAACUUGUGUGGAAAGUCUUUUACUCAGAAGAGUGACCUAAAAAAUCAUCAACUCAUCCACAGCGGACUUAAAGCAUACAGCUGUGAUCGGUGCGGGAAGUGUUUUACAAAGAAACAGAGCUUGGAAAAUCAUAAGCUCCUCCACAGCGGAGUGAAACCGUACAGCUGCGAUCAGUGUGGAAGAACCUUUGCUCGCAGGUAUACGUUAAAGAGUCAUCAACUCACCCACUCUGCGGUUAAGGCGUACAGCUGUGACAUGUGUGGAAAAACCUUCAGGCAGAUGGGGACCCUAAAUAAACACCAACGCAUUCACACCGGACAUAAUGUGUACUGCUGUGACCAGUGUGGGAAACGCUUUGUCACAUACUACAACUUACAGAUUCACAAAUUUACCCACACUGAGGAGAGACCUUAUAAAUGUGACCUGUGUGAUAAGGCUUAUAAAGAUCCAGAUUACCUGAAAGUGCACCAACAGAUCCACACCAGAAAGUGCACUUACUGUGAGAGUGAACCCAAUGGAUCCGGUCCUGAACCCUGUCAUCACUGCGGAGCUGGGAAAGCGUUUCGAUGUGACGUUUGUGGAAAUACUUUCAAGAAGAAAUCGGGCCUGAAACUGCAUCAGCGCAGACACACUGGACUCAAACUGAGCUACUGCAGAGAGUGUGGGAAAAGCUUCCCCAUGCCAAGUGCAUUAAAGCGCCAUGAACUGAUCCACAGUGGGGUUAGGAAGCACCUCUGUGACCAGUGCGGGUCAUCCUUCAUCACUGCAAGUGACCUGAAGAAGCAUGAACGAAUCCACACAGGAGAGAAACCAUACAAGUGCAGACACUGUGACAAAAGCUUCACGCACUCAAUUAAUCGUUACCGUCACGAAUGUAAACACGCUGAAGUGAACGACAGCAGCAGUCAUAGGUCAUUAUAAAGUGUGGACAUGUUGUUGGUCAUUGGAGGAGUUUAAGUAUCUCGGGGUCUUGUUCACGAGUGAUGGGAGAAGGGAGCGGGAGAUCGACAGACGGAUUGGUGCUGCGGCUGCAGUGAUGCGGACGCUGCACCGGUCUGUUGUGGUGAAGAGGGAGCUGAGUGUAAAAGCGAAGCUCUCAAUUUACCGGUCGAUCUACGUCCCUACCCUCACCUAUGGUCACGAGCUGUGGGUAGUGACCGAAAGAACGAGAUCGCGAAUACAAGCGGCGGAAAUGGGCUUCGUCUGAAGGGUGGCUGGCCUCUCCCUUAGAGAUAGGGUGAGAAGUUCGGCCAUUCGGGAGGGGCUCAGAGUAGAGCCGCUGCUCCUGCACAUCAAAAGGAGCCAGUUGACGUGGUUCGGGCAUCUGACAAGGAUGCCUCCUGGACGCCUCCUGGGUGAGGUUUUCCAGGCAUAUCCCACCGGGAGGAGGACCCGAGGCAGACCCAGGACAUGCUGGAGAAAUUAUAUCUCUCGGCUGGCCUGGGAACGCCUUGGUGCUCCCCUGGAUAAGCUGGAGGAGGUGGCUGGGGAGAGGGAGGUCUGGACUUCUCUGCUUAGGCUGCUGCCCCCGCGACCCGGCCCUGGAUAAGCGGAAGAAAAUGGAUGGAUGGAUGGAUGUUGUUAGUCAGCCAUGACUCAGUACUUGGUGACUUUGUUAAAUAAUAAUGAAUCUUUUCUGCAGUUAAACCAGUGCUAUAAAAGUCAUUUUAGUUGGUGGGACACAAGCAGCCCAGAAAGAAGCACUGAAUCGUUUGUGUAAAAACUUGUAAAUUGUUCCCUCAAACUUUCCCCCUUUUUUAGAGUAUAAAGAUUUGUGUGCAUUUCUUAAAUUAUCCAUAUCAGCAUCUGACAACACAGCUUCAUGGUUCAAAAAACACUGUAAAAGACGCUGCUUGGAAUAUUGUUUGUGUCUGCAAAUGAGACUGGAAGGAGCUUUGUGGAGGUGCCGGCCUGUUACUCAUCAGCGACUGCAUUCUGCAGAGAUGCCAAAAAUGUCCUCUUUUAUCAACUGGUGGGGUCGAUGCUCUGUACACGCCGCUGUUUUUAAAAACUGGAUUCUCCAGCUGACGACAAAAUCUGAAAGGUUAACCUGUGCUCUUCUUAAAACUGAUGGUGAUGAAGAUCAUGUAGUUGUUGUAACUGUUUGAUUUUCAAGACCAUGAAAAAAGAUUUUUAGAUCUUCAUCUGUGUCGUGUCGAUUUUUCCUUUCCUGUUUUUAUUCUGUUUCUGUUUACUGAAUCUAUUUCACAACUUUAUAAGUUAUUUGGCACUAGUUACUUUUUAUUUCUGUACAGCACUUUGGUCAACGUUGCUGUUAUGAUUAAAUGUGCUAUAUAAAUAAAAAUGCUCAACAAUAAUUUUGUCAAACUCCUGCAAAUGUUAAACCAUGUAUGAAGUUUAUCUUAUGAAAACAGUUGGUGUGAAAAA